AUGGCUGUCUUAUUAAGUAUUUGUGCGUUAAUUUUCAUCUCAGAAAUACCACAACCAGGCGUGUGCUCAAAGCAAGCAAUGUUUCACAGAAAUGUACAAAAAUACUUGACAAAUCAUGUCAUCGAAACAAAACAGGCAGAGAGCGAGCUAGAAUGUGGCGUGUAUUGCGUUAGACAUGGAUCAUGUGCGUCAGUCAAUUACAAAACUUCUGGAAUUGAUAAAGGUCGGUGUGAGCUCAACAAUAAAACAAUUCAAGAGACAUCCGAUGCUGAUGAGAAAACACAUAACCCAGAAUUCAACCAUAUUGCUAUAAUUAAACAA